CUGAUGGUGCUUCCUGGGAGAGCCAUGGCCACUUUCCGCUUGGCCCUCAUCCAGCUUCAAGUUUCUUCCAUCAAAUCAGACAAUGUCACUCGAGCCUGUAGCCUCGUCCGAGAAGCAGCAACACAAGGAGCCAAGAUAGUCUCCCUGCCGGAAUGUUUUAAUUCUCCCUAUGGCACGAACUAUUUUUCUGAGUAUGCCGAGAGAAUUCCUGGUGAAUCCACACAGAAGCUGUCUGAGGUCGCAAAGGAAUGCAGCGUGUAUCUCAUUGGAGGCUCCAUCCCUGAAGAAGAUGCAGGGAAGCUGUACAACACCUGUGCUGUGUUUGGGCCCGACGGCACUUUGCUGGUGAAGCACCGGAAGAUCCAUCUGUUUGACAUUGAUGUCCCUGGGAAAAUUACAUUUCAAGAAUCUAAAACGUUGAGUCCUGGUGACAGCUUCUCUACAUUUGAUACUCCUUACUGCAGAGUGGGCCUGGGCAUCUGCUACGACAUCCGCUUUGCAGAGCUUGCACAAAUCUAUGCCCAGAAAGGCUGUCAAUUGUUGGUGUAUCCCGGAGCUUUCAAUCUGACCACUGGCCCAGCCCACUGGGAGUUACUUCAGCGAGGCCGAGCUGUUGAUAACCAGGUGUACGUGGCCACAGCCUCUCCUGCACGGGAUGACAAAGCCUCCUAUGUUGCCUGGGGACACAGCACCAUUGUGAAUCCUUGGGGAGAGGUCCUAGCCAAAGCGGGCAGUGAAGAAACCAUCGUGUAUUCAGACAUCGACCUGCAGAAAUUGGCUGAAAUCCGCCAGCAAAUACCCAUUUUGAGACAGAAGCGAUCAGACCUGUAUGCAGUGGAGUCGAAAAAAGCUUGAGGUUAAGGUCUCCGUCAUGUAGCGCAAUGGGAAGAUAUGAUUCCAUGACAUGAUCAGCUUCCUGGUGAAUUUCUUCAUCCUUUUUGUUUUCA